GGGUCCUUCGUCGCUCCUACACAGUUGUUGGAGUUGUCAGACCUGUUCCAUGGGGUUGCUGCAGUUGCGAGCUCUGUUGGAGAGGAACCAUGGCUUCACAUCCCCCUGACGGAGAAGGGAUCGCGCAGGGCCCAGACAGUCAUGUGACUUCUCCCCCAAAGGAUUUCCACCACCCUUACACGCCUUAUGCCAUCCAGGAGACCUUCAUGAGCACUGUUUACCAAGUGCUGGAGGAAGGCAAGGUGGGUAUUCUUGAGAGCCCUACAGGAACCGGGAAAUCUCUGAGUCUGAUCUGCGGAGCGUUGACGUGGCUGCGCGAUCAUAAACGCCGAGAGUUUGAAGACGGGCUCAACUGGCGUCCAGAUAACUCUGACGAGCCAGAAUGGAUCAUCGAGCAAGCUAGAGCCAGGAAGCGGCGAGAAAUGCUUCGUCGACGCGAAGACAUUGAGACUCGGCUGGCAAAGAUUCGAGCCAAAGAGAAAGCACAACGAGCCAAAUAUCUCAGAGGAGAUUCGGGACCGAAGAGGAGGAAGACUGACCUGAAGCAAAGUAAUGGAGCCGAAGAAGAUGAAGAACAGUUUGUUCUAGAUGAUUAUGACAGUGACGGCGAGAAAUCGAGUUCCGGGAACAAUGGAGGCCUCUCUGCAGCGACGUUGGAGCUAAUGGAGAAGCUUGGUAUGACCAUUGGAGCUCCAAAAGAGGAUGAUGAAGAGGCAGAAGAUGAACUCAAGAUCUUCUUCUGUUCUCGAACCCAUUCGCAGCUUACACAGUUCAUCAACGAACUCCGCCGCGUCAAGUUCCCGCCAGCAAUCCCGGCGGAAGAGCAGGACAAGAACGAUCCUCAAAUCGAAGACCUGAAGCAUCUCACUCUUGGAUCACGCAAGAACCUCUGCAUGAACCCCUCAGUCAACAAAUUAAGCUCUGUAACCGCCAUCAACGAGCGUUGUCUCGAACUUCAACAGCCCAGCACUGCCCAGGCACACAAAUGCGUAUUCCUUCCGAACAAAGAAAAUCAGCCAUUAGUCAACGACUUUCGAGAUCAUGCACUUGCCACAAUCCGCGAUAUCGAGGACAUGGGCUCACUGGGAAAAGAGAUUGGCAUCUGCCCCUAUUAUGCAUCGAGGUCAGCGAUCAAACCUGCUGAGAUAGUCACCUUACCCUACCCGCUGCUUCUACAGAAGAGUGCGAGAGAAGCUUUAAAGUUGAGUCUGAAGGGCCAUGUGGUUAUUAUCGAUGAAGCCCAUAAUUUGAUGGAUGCAAUUGCUGGCAUACAGGGGGUGGAGGUCAACCUCAAGCAGUUAAAACGUGCAAGAACUCAGCUCGGUGUAUAUCUACAGAAAUUCCGGAAUAGGUUGAAGGGAAAGAAUAGGGUAUAUGUGGCACAGGUUGUCAGAGUGAUUGACUCUCUAGCUGGGUAUCUCGAAGCCCGUUUGGGAACUCCGAAAGCAGACGGAAUUGUGGACGAGAAAGAGCUCCUUUCUGGAAAGGGAGUCGACCAAAUAAACCUCUUCAAACUAAUCAAGUAUCUCCAAGAGAGCAAGUUAGCCCGCAAAGUCGAGAGCUACGCCAUCCACACAUCGACGCCUCCCACCAGCCAACUCACAAAAUCCUCCCCUCCAAAACCCGAAUCCACAACCCCCGUACUCCACCAUAUUUCCUCUCUCCUAUCAGCACUCACGCACCCGUCAAGAGAGGGUCGACUCUUCUUCUCCAAACCCCCCGACUCGCCCGAAGCCGAUUCCAUAACCCUCAAAUUCCUCCUCCUCGACCCAUCGUCACACUUCCAAGAGAUCGUCAGCGAAGCCCGUGCCGUCAUCCUAGCCGGUGGAACCAUGUCGCCCAUGAGCGACUACACCUCCCACCUCUUCCCUUACCUCCCCCUCGCUUCCAUCACCACACUCAGCUGCGGCCAUGUGAUACCGAAAUCGAACCUCGUCGCUUGGAAUCUCUCCUCCGGGCCCAGUGGCAAGGAAGCCGAGUUUGAAUUCACGUACAAGAAUCGCGGGAACGGGGAGAUGAUGGACGAGCUGGGGCGCGCGAUGCUGAAUAUCUGCACCGUGGUGCCGGACGGCGUUGUGGUGUUCUUCCCCAGCUAUGCGUACCUCGAGACCGUCACCAGUCACUGGACUCGCGCUCCCAGUUCUGAGGCGGGCCAGGGGGCAAAGAGCAUCUGGCAACGGCUGGAGGCGAAGAAGAUGCUAUUCCGGGAGAAGAAAGACAGUGGGGUGGAGAACGUGCUGGAGGAAUAUGGCAAAGCUAUUGAUGCGGGAAAAGGAGGUUUACUCCUCAGUGUCGUGGGCGGCAAGAUGUCCGAGGGCAUCAACUUUUCGGACCGCCUCGGGCGCUGCGUCGUCAUUGUCGGGCUCCCAUUCCCGAACAUCGCGAGCGCCGAGUGGAAGGCGAAGAUUGAGUAUAUCGAAUCGACCACCCUUGCCCGACUCGAGGCCGAGCUGGGGAGAGAGGAAGCGAUGAAGAAGGCGAAGGAGCAAGGUCGCGAGUUCUACGAGAAUGCCUGCAUGCGAGCCGUGAACCAGAGCGUCGGGCGAGCGAUCCGCCACCGUGAGGACUACGCAGCGAUCGUGAUGAUUGACAAGAGAUUCGGGAAUGAGCGGGUCCAGGGAAAGCUCCCGGCGUGGAUUAGGGAGGGCAUGGUUGCAGAUGCGGGGCAGAAGGGCUUUGGACAGUUGAUGGGCACGCUGGGCGCUUUCUUCAGGGGAAAGAAGAUGGUUUGAUAAGACCAGGCGUCUGUUUUGUAUGAAGACUACUCAUAAUUCCUGGGUUGACUUGGGAUCACAGCUGCGAGCUACCUACUUCCGCGUCAUCCCCAUGAAGAUCCGGCAAGUGUUGUGAUCUUAGACUUAACGACUGUCAACAUUUUGUGGGAGCUCUUUUUCUAGACAGAGACGAUUCAGUAGACCUACUGAUGAUCGUAUCCCAGGCGGGAGAGAUAUGUAAUACUAGAAGUCAAAUACUCAAAAUCUUCCAACAG